UAUAUAAUUUAUAACGUUAAAUUGCAGAAUCAGAAUGGAUAUGAUCAAGAGAAUCCCAACCCACAUGGAUUAUGUAGGACAGGGUAGAGCAGAGAAACUGUAUCAGAUCAUAAUAGUGUUGUUUGGAGCAGUUGGUUUGGUUUGGGGGUAUACGAUCCAACAGUUUAGCCAGACUGUUUAUAUUCUGGGAGCCGGUCUACUCCUUGCCAGCCUUCUCACUAUUCCACCUUGGGGGAUUUACAGGUCUAAGCCGUUGAAGUGGCAGGAUGCUAGGAACGAGAACGACGUGUCCGACGGAAAAUCCAAAAAGAAGAAAUGAAUCUGUCCGAUUCAGCGAUUGUUCAAAUUCUUAAACAUUUGGUUCUUUUAUAAUUUUCAUUUGAAUACACGUUGUGUAAGGUAAAGGUUUUGCAUUUAUUUAUGUUUCAGA